AAAAGUUCUUUGGAAAGAUGUCUCUACUAUUACAAUUGAGAAGCACAAGUGUUUGUUUACAUUUAUAUAAUUUACGAGCAAUAAUUGCACAAAAUUUUAUUCUCGCUUUUAAAAUCGAUGUCAUAAAAUAGUUAUAUUUUCUCAUUUACGAUAUUAUAGUGAUAGAUAUGUGUAUGUAGAAAUAUAUUUAAUCCAUUAUAUUUAAAUACAAAUCAUGUUUGGGAAAGAGGCCUUUCAACUAAUUACAGAACUCGAUUUGACUGAUGAUAUAAAACCUUUCAAUUCUUCUAAUUUUUUUUAAGGAAUCUGUAGUUCGACAAGUAUUGGAAGAAAUGCAAUAUCUUUAUGAAGCAAAUUUACUUGAUAGUAAUGCUAUCAAAAACGAUGGCAAUACUGCAUUACUUCCAUCCGUACAAUUUCGACAUGUAGCUUUAACUAGAAACAAAAGGUGUAUCUUAGCAUACUUGUAUAAUAGAAUGAGAAGAUUACGUCAAAUGCGUUGGGAAUUAGGUAGCAUCCUACCACCAGAAAUAAAUUCUAAUUUACUGAAUGCAGAAAUCCAAUGGUUCCAUUCAUAUAAUAAAUCUUUAGCUACUUAUAUGAGAUCUAUAGGAGAUAAUUGUGGACUUAAUUUGACAGUGAAUAUGUUACCACCUAAGUCUCUUUACAUUGAAGUUAAGUGUUUGACAGAUUUUGGCAAGCUAGAAAUUGAAAAUGGACAAGUAGUUACUCUCAAGAAAAACACCUAUCAUUUGUUACCUAGAGUAAUUUGCGAACCUCUUAUCCGACAGGGUAUACUAGAACAUCUCGCAUGAUGCAUUCGUUGUUUGAUAUU